CAGAAACACGCAAAAAACACGUUAUUUAAUCUUGAAGACGAAGAGCUGACUCAUUACGGCCAGUCAUUAUCAUCGAUUAACUAUUUUGGUGAUGGAUUAGACAGCGGCGAUGAAGGAGAGGGAAAAGGCAUUAUUGAUGAAGAAACGGUCGCGCGAACGCAUUUUGGUGGAUUCAAUGCAGGAGACAAUGAUGAUAAGAAUUCUCAGCGUAGAAAACAAAAUUCGGAAAUUUGGAACGAGCUUAUUGCAAAGAGUAAAUUUCAUAAAUACGAACGUCAACUGGAAAAAGAAAAAUACCUUGCUGAGGAGGAAGAAUUGGACAAAGAGUUGGAUGACAUCAGAGGAUUGCUUUUUGAAUCUUCAAAUCGAGUAACAGGGAAGAUAGAAGAAAACAGAGAAAAGUCUCUCGACGCACACCACGAUUCCGUUGAUUCAUACGACCGCUUUGUCCGCGAACUAGCUUUUGAGAAACGCGCUCGACCCACAAAUCGUACUAAAACAGAAGAAGAACUCUUAUUGGAAGAAAAAAAUAAACUGGAACGAUUGGAACGAGCAAGGAGAAAAAGAAUGUUAGGUGUGGAUGAGACGAGUGAGGAGGAGGAGGAGGAUAAUGAUGAAGACGACAGAAAAAGGAGAAAGAGACGAAAAAGGAGGGAUAUCGAAAGUGAAAGCGAAAAUGAAGAAAAUGAAGCAGUUACGUUGCCUGCCUCUCUUCCGUACACUUUUCCAUGUCCGCAAACAUACGAGGAAUUUAUGAGCGUCCUACGUGGAGUAGAGUUAAAAGAUGUGCCAACGGUAGUGCAUAGGAUCUGUGUCUUGCAUCAUCUUAAACUUGAUCCCAGUAAUAAAGAAAAAUUGGAGGCAAAAUACGUUCUUAAUAUCGCAAACGAAGGGCCCCUUCCAACUGCAUUUUUGUCCUCUCUGACUACACGUCUGUUCUCUCUCACACACAUGCUUCCACAUAUAACCCGCCGGACAUUCUCGUCUCAGCUCUCGUUGGCACAUUCUCAUGCUUCCGUCACGAUGUCUGAUUUAACCCUUUUAAUGUUAAUUUCCAAACUGUUUCCCACAACAGACUUCCAUCAUCCGAUAACAACUCCAGCGAUGAUACUAAUGGGACAGUGUCUUUCAAAAAACAAGUUAAACACUAUUAAGGACAUUGUUAUAGGACUGGUUAUUUGUAGCUUGGUCUACGAAUAUGUGUGUAUAACUAGAAAAAUUGUUCCUGAAGUUGGGAAUUUUUUGUGCUCGGUGUUAGUUGCAUUUGUUGCUGAUAAAGGUUUCGAGGAUUCGGAAAGCGGAAAUGGGGAAUGCCCAGAGAGUGAGAAUUUGAAAAUAAGAGAGUUGCCUGGUGUGUUCCCUUUAGUUGGGAAAAUUGGUAUGAUGAGAAAAGGGAAAGGAAAUUGGAGCACGAUAGUGCCUAAAGCUGUGAAUGUUCCUCAAGUGGUGAAUCGGCGCGGUGAGGAUGGAGACAAUUCUAAUGAUGAAAUGCGUGUUUGUAUUUUAUCAUCAGCCAUUUCUCUAGUUGGGCAAUUCGCUAAGUUAUAUAACUCAACGGCCGCAUUUAUCGAAAUUUUCGAGCCUAUGGUGUUGUUUUUGAAGCUAAUCCCCGUGGAUGAAUUGUCUAACGUUAUGAUGGAGAAGCUGUUAUCGACGAAAGACGCACUCAAUAGAAUGUUGCGAUUUGCAAAAGACGCACGUAAGCCUUUGGCGUUGCAGCAUCAUAAACCCAUUCCUCUUCCAACGUAUCGUCCUAAGUUUGACGAGAAUUAUUCGCUUGAUCGACAUUAUGAUAGUCGAGAGAUGGCGCCGAUGAAUAAGUUGAAGGCACAAUAUAAACAAGAGCUCAAGGGAGCUAUACGUGAAUUACGCAAGGACGCUCGCUUCCUUGCCCAUGAGACACUAAAGAAGGUUAGAGAGAGUGAUGAGUCGUAUAGAAAGACAAUUAAGAGUGUCAUGAACAAAUUGGAGAGUGAACAGCAUGAGAAGAAAUUGUAUGACAGAGAGAGGAAAAAGCUUGUCAGCUCCAAGGCUUGUCAGCUCCAAGCAAAUGAACACUUUUACACCAUCACCAGAGAAGAAGGAAGCCAAUCUGAGCCUACUUCCGAAGAGUCAGCCACCCAGCUGCUACUCCUCAAAGAACUCACCUGUUGGGGACAAGCCACCUCCACCAUCACCGAAAUCUUCGCAAUCACCACUGCCAUCAACAACUCUUAUGCUUGA